AUGAAUGUUGGAGAUGAUAACCUGAAGACAGCAGAUAAUAUGGGUGUUAACUACAUGACUGCCUUAACACCUACCGAUCACGCAAGUUCCAGUUAUUCUACUGCUCAUAUGAAUGGUUUUUCUACAAGUAGUGAUUCAUCGUUUACCAAGUUCGUGAAAGAACCAGAAGGGAUUGUUGAUAUUGAUGAUCCUUCACCAUCAACUUAUUUAAGCUGGGAAGAAAGCAACACUGCUGAGUUACACUUGUUAUCUUCAAGUCCUAUUACUGAAAUCUUAGGAUUUCCAGACCUUCAAGCACAUAAUGGUCAACCAAAUGUUGAAAUAAAUGACAUUCAGGCUCACAGAAAUAAAUCACUCGUUCCUUACGAUGAUAGCACUUCUGAAGAUGAUUUUCCAAAAGAAAAAAACAACCGAGGAAGGAAAAGGAUAAGAUGCGAAAAAAAAUGGAAGAAAAAUGUUAGAAAGGCAAGAAGAAUCAGUGGCAAAAAAUAUGUAAGUUGCAAGGGCACAGUAAUGGAGGCAAAAAUAUUAAAGCCUCCUUGCAAGGAAACAUGCAGGUUAAAGUGUACACAACGCUUUGACGAAAACAAUAGAAUACGUAUCCACAAGGAAUUUUGGGCAGAAGAUAGGUCAUGGGAUUCAAAGCGGCAGUAUAUCUCUUCUUGUGUAACAGCAAAACCAAUUAGAAGAUCUAGACCUAGAGACUUCUCAAGAGAGAAUGAAAGGACGAAGAGUAACACAUAUUCCCUCACUAUUGACAAUAAGAAAUUGGUUGUUUGCAAGGUGUUUUUUUUAAAUACCCUAUGUAUCUCAGAAAACUUUGUGAGAACAGCGCAAGCUAAGACAUCUGAAGUAGGGAUGGUUGUCGCUGACCAACGGGGUAGACAUGUUGCAGUGAAUAAAACACCCGAAGAGAUUGUCAAUGACAUUAAGAGACACAUUCGUCAAUAUCCUGCAUACGAAAGUCAUUAUGGUAGGGAAAGAACAUCCAAAAAGUAUUUGGGAAGUCAUUUGAAUAUUUCUAAAAUGUAUUCUUUAAUGUUGAAGAAGGCAAGGAAUUAG